CUCAACCUUAAAACGAUAGGAGUUUCUGGGCUGCUGGUCGAUUGGCGAAUGCCGACUCGGCAACGAUUGAGGGCGCCAUGCUCAGCAUUUUGUUAGCGUCUUAGCGCACAAGAGCAGUGCAAUAUGUGGCAGUUCCAGGGUGUCCUGAAUGCAGGCCUUCAGGUCCUACUCAUCGUGUUCAGCGGCUGGGCCUUCUCUCGCUUCGACUUGCUGGAGCCUGACAAAUUCGGGCCCCAGAUGAAUGUGCUGCUGCUGCGUGUGGGCUUCACCUCCCUCAACAUGUACCAGCUUGGCAUCAAGCUCGACCUGAAAGAUGCUGACACGUGGAAGUCGCUCGGAGCAUACGCGCUUUGGGUCGCGAUGGUGCAGGCCGGCAUCCUAGUCUACACGCGCUUCUUCAACGGCCGCAACCUGAGGGACGCGGCGCUGCUUAAUUUGGUGCUCACGUCCAAUAACACGGUGAUCAUCGGGCUGCCCGUGCUGGCAGCCACGUUCCCCGAGGCGGGUGGGCCGCUGGCGCUGCUGUCAGCCUUGCCGCUGUUCGUGCAGGCCAUCCCAUUCAGCAUCGUCAUGUUCGAGGCGGACAAAGUGCUGACAGCUCAAGACGCGGAGAAAGAGGCGGCGGCGGCGGCGGCUGUGGCGGCGGCUCCAGCCCAACCGCCGCAGCCGCCGCAGCCGCCGCAGCCGCAGUCUGCUGCUUCCAUCCUGCUGCAAAAGCCUUACGUGCUACAGCCGGAGGGCGGCGGCAGCUCACCCGCCCGGGCAAUAAGAUGCGGCAGUAGCAACAGCAGCAGCAGCAGUAGCAGGGUGAAGCUGGCUACGCCCACGGCUACUGCUGACGCCGCCGCCGCCAGUGCCGAGCAUCCGAGCUGUGACACCAUCCACGGUGAUAGCGGCUAUAGCUGUCCUCGGGGUGAUGGGCUGGCGCACAGCACGUCAGCAGCAGCAGCGGCGGCGGUGGCGGCGGCGGUGGCGGCGGUGACGGCGGCGGCGGCGGCGGCGACGGAUGAAGGCACAGCGCCGAGCGCCAGCGCAGGAGGGACUCCAACACCACCACCAGCGGGCGUGGGGGAAGCCGUCGGUGGCGGCGGCGGUGGCGGCAGUGGCAGCUGCAGCACAAUUGCCAGCACCAGACGCGUAGUCCACGAGGUGGUCAGCGGUGGGGAAGGCUGUAGCAGAGGCAGCAGGCAAGGCAGCGGCAGUAGCAGCGGGCUGGGUGCGGCUGGCGUCGAAGGCGCCGGCGGCGGCACUGCUGGUGGUGGUGGUGUGGGCGGUGUGCGCCCGACGCCUUCACCCUCGCCCUUGCCCUCGCCUUCACCCGCACCCUCAUCCCUGCUACUGCUCGAGGAGGCGCCCCCCGCCCCUGCAGUUGCUACAGCCCCUGCAGCUGCUACAGCCUCUGGCUGGGCAAAGCCAGGGGCUGUGGAGGCAGGGGCGGCACAGCAGCAGCAGCAGGCGGCGGCGCCGCUGAAACCCAACAUGGCGCCGCCGGCGGCGCGCGUAAAGGACACAGCGUGUGUCGUUGGCUACGGCGGCCAAGCCAACAGCAGCUGUAGCAGCUGCGGCGGUGGCCGCGGCGGCGGAGUUGUCGGUGGUAGCAAUCGCAAUAGCAGUAGCAGUAGCAGUUGCAGCUGCUUCGGGGCGGUGUGGGAGCGGUGUGGGGGCUGCUGCUGCGUAGUCCAGCGGUGGCGAAUGCGUCACGACGUCCUGGAUGGCAGGGCAGCGGCAGGGGCAGUGGUGCCCUCGGCGGCAGUAGCUGUGGUGCCCUCGGCGGCAGGAGCAGUGGUGCUCGCGGCGGCGCCUGGCGACCUCCCACCGCCGCCGCUGCCGAACACGUCGGCGCCAGUGGCGGCCGCAUCAAUAGUGGCACUGCCGCCGUCAUGGCGGCAGUGGUGGGAGGCGCGCCGCUGGGUGCUGACUGUUGCCAGGACCGUGGCCAAGAACCCGCUGCUGUUGGCCAUCCUGACGGGCCUGCUGGUGAACCUGUCCGGCCUGCGCCAGUGGCUGUGGGUGGGCUCGCCCAACUACGUACCUGGUCUGGGCUGGAUAGGCGGCGCGCUGGCCUGGACCGCGGGCAUCACCGUCCCAACCAGCCUGUUCGCCAACGGCGUCUGGAUGUAUGGCAAGAGCUUCAGCCGCCACACCUGGAUAAGGGCCGCCCGGCUGCUGUGCCUCAAGCUGCUGCUGCUGGCGCCGCUGCAGCUGGCGUGCGCGGCGGCGUGCGGGCUGCCGGGGCCCGCGGCCGUGAGCGUGCUCAUGCUGUCACUCACGCCCGUGGCCUCCGCCUCCUUCGUGCUGUCCUCCCAGUACGGCGGGUACGGCACAGACGUGGUCACGGCGGUGACGCUGCUGGGCGUGGCGUGCCUGGUGCCGGCGGUGCUGGCGGGCCUGGCCCUGCCGCGGGCGCUGGGCCUGUACCAGUACCAGGUGGAGGAGGCAGUGGCGGCGGCGGCAGGGGCAGGGGCAGGGGCAGGGGGGGCAGCGGCUGCGGCAGGGGGAGCCGCCCCGGGAGCGCAGCAUGCGCUGCUAUGAGCUUGAUUGGGCAAGGUACGGGUGCGUGGAUGGGGCGGUUAGGAGGCAGUGGCGGCAGCGCUUGGGGCGGGAAGCGCCGCGGCCGCCACACGUGGGCCGUCGCGGCAGCAGGCGGCGCAGCACGCGCUGCAGCUUGAGGCAAGGGCGUGUUGCUUUUGCGUGGAGGCGGUCCGAAGUUGGGGCUGAUAUAUAGAUGUAUGCUGGGGUAGCUGUGCGUGCGUGGUCGGGGGGUGUCGGAAUGCAGGCGAGCGAGCUGCUUCACUAGAGCGGCGGCAGAGCAGGUGAAGAUCCGGCGGUGGACUGUGGGAGUAUGGCAAUGACGACAGGGCCAGACGCAACAACGGGUGCAUCCCGCGUGUGGUCCUGUAAGUUGCAGCUAUGCACGCACACACGCACACACGCCGGCUAUGAUGGCAACACACACGCGCACAUGACAAGGGAUGCGGGCGCGCAGGCACGCGGAGUCAGCUGCACCCUACGGGACUUCACCAACCUGCCUUACAACUCUCCCAUCGCACACCUACUCCAUGUAUGAACCACUCAACUCCUAUCCUUUAGCGUGUAAUGUGUCACCGUAAUGGGCUCGGGGCGUGACUCAAGCGGUCUGACCCCCCUGCAGGGAGAACUUGCAUGAUUCAGGCUCGGGAGUAAACGAAGUGUUGCAACGUGCUGCAAUCUGGGCGUCUGCUGUGGCACGCGUCGAGUGAACCCGGGUUGCCCAGACCUGCAGCAUCUGGGUUUGUAUAUGCGUGUGAAUGCAUGCAUGCAUACAAGUUUGGUGAUUCACAGGGCAGUCAUUUCACAGCAGCGCGUGGUUGUUACAGGUGCAUGCGCGGUAAUAGCAGGAUACGGUGUCACUGUGAAGGCCUCCUUCCAAUCACUGGAACGCUUUCUGGCAACUACACGCUGUGUGCCUCCUGUGCCGUGUCUAGCAUACGAUGCACUGUAAUGUUACAAACUAGAAUUAAACAGCUUCAAGCCGCGCACUUCGGACAUUCACUCUAGCUCUGCACAACCUCACAGCGGCGCCCAAUCAAGUGCCUAACUGCUUUGCCAACCCGCAAACACAAGUGCCCACGCGGAUGGCGGGGUCAGAGCUGCCGUGGCUGCCGUCCACGUACAGCAGCACACCCAGGGCAGCGGGCAGGCUGCGCGGCAGCGGCUGCACUGCUACAGCUGCCACCAAUGCUACAGCCGGCAGCGUCUGCGGCAUUAGCUGCUGCAGCCCCAGGUCCAACAAGAGCAGCGUCCCUGUCUCCCAAGGCACCCCAUCAAAAC